GUGUGUGUGUGUGUGUGUGUGUGUGUGUGUGUCCUGACGAUCGAGAAAAGACCUUUGGUCCGCCUCCUUGUUUCUGAACGGACACACAAACGAGAAGCACGAUCGCGGCGUCGGAGAGGGAAAUGGGUCCGGUCCACAGAGAAGUUCUGCGGAAGCUGCGCGUCUAUUUGUGCGAGGAGCUGCUGGUGUCGGACGGCGUGCUGCCCUUCUUGUACCAGGAGGACAUACUGACGGCCGCGCAGCUGGACGAUAUUUUGGCAGAGAGCACCGAGCGGAAGCGGUGCCGGAAGCUGCUCGACCUGCUGCCGAACCGCGGCCCGGACGCCUUCCGGUGCUUCCUCGCGGCUCUCGACGACUUCGGCUGGGUCCGGCAACGACUGCUGCGCGAGGAACUCGACGUCCGGACCGGGAUCGAGAGCGGGAUCGGGAGCGGGCCCAGCGACUCUCCGUCGAGUCCCCGGAGGAGGCCAGCGGAUACCGCCGACGUGUGGCAAGAAGUCCCUUCCGACCGUCAGCUUUCGCGUUUGGCGUCGGCCCUGGGCGCCGAGUGGGAGUCGGUGGCGACGGACCUGGGCGUGUCGGCCGCCGCCCUCUUCCAUUGCCGCGCCGACAACGCCCUCUGCUGCCGCGACGCCGCGCUGGCCGCGCUGCUGCUAUGGAGACGCACGCAAGGGAAGAGCGCCACGGCGCGGAGACUGCAGCGGAGCCUGCUGGCCGCCGGCGUGCACUCGUCGGUCCUGCGGGACGUCUUGAUGUCUUGAACCGGGCCGAGACUUCAAUUGGACUUUGACAGUUUUAUUUACACUUUACAUUUUUUUUUCCUCUCCCAAUGACAUUUUUUAGACUGCAAAAAAAAAAAAAAAAAAGCGAAGCGUCGUCAGUUGCUGCAGCGGCGGUAGAAGUAGAAGUGGUAGUCCGUGAAGAGCGCCCCCCCGAAGUGAUGGUCGGUACUGCAGUCGGCUUGGCCCUGCGCACAGGUCACGCGACGUGAGGCUCGACUCGGCUCGGCUCGGGGGCGCGACAUCGAGCGGUUCGUCUCCGAAGCGUUUGACGGACCUGGUUUAGCUUCAACUUGUGCACGUUUGCAAAUUAGUGAUGAAAGUCCUCCGGAUUUUCAUGAAAAAUCCUCCGGAAAAUUGAGGAAAAAUUGCCUCAAAUGAAUCUGGCUUUUAGUCGACAACGUUGAACGAGUGCGCGUUUGAGUUUGUUGUUUUGCUUUCACGAGCGGAGCCACGUUGAGGCGCUAACACGAGUCCAGUGAUUCCCAAACAGUGUGCCGGCGGAAGUUAUCCAAUUUUGUGUAAUUGCAAAAAAAAAAAAAAACCUUUUAUUCCAAGAAAAAAAUGUCUCUUGAUUCCAGUGAGGCAGAAUGACAGACAGAACAAAACAACAACAAAAAUCCUCUUCUAUUAGAUGGCAGGAAGUGCGUACAGUAAUGAAUCGAUCCAUUUUUGGUGACAUUGACUUUUGUUGGUGUGCCGUGGGAUUUUUCAAUUUCAAAUAAAAACUGUGUGCCUUGGCUCUCGAAAGGUUGGAAAUCACUGCACCAGUGACAGUAACGCCCCUCCCCUCGCGUUCUCACGACCUCGCCGUAUCUCGGAGUUUUCAAAAUUUCGGCGAGAACGGAAGCCACAAAGUGCGCACACAAAAGGAAGAUUGAUCAGUGAAUGUCGUUUGGUAUGAAGUCAUUCAUGCGGGACGGGUUGCGUAGGUUCAAACAGGCAGACAGUGACGUUAGGAACACGUUCAAGCGGUCACGGCUUGAGGGUUUUUUUUUUUUUUUUUUUUUUGUCCGGCUACACUAGAAAGGUCGACAAACCUGGGAAGUCAGUUAAAAAUCAUUGACAUAAAUAUUAAAGGCAACUCACUAGAUGUAUAUUUUAUAGAUAGUGAGCAAUGUGGUCGAGUGUAACAGACGUAACGAGUUUGAGACUUAAACCUUAAUCGUAAUUACUACACAUCAACUUCUUUAACAUGUUUUGCUGUACGGUGUCGAAAUUUGAGGAUAUAUUUUUGUGUAUAUUCUGUAUUUAUACGAUGAUAUGUAUCAUGUGGGGGGGGGGGAGGACAAUUUUUACGGAAUAGUUCAUUUGUUCUGUGAUAAGAUGGCAUAUUUUAAUGACAAAUGUGAUUUUGUGCUUUCCAGUGAUUGAGGGAUGGGGGCCAAAAAAAAAUCUGGGCUCGGCCCUUGGGGAACUUCUGCCCAAUUUUUUUUUUUUUUUUUUUGGGUGAGGACUUACUUCAAAAUGUCAGAAUUUUGUUCACAAAUAUCGCCAGAAUGCGCCGCAGCCAUCCAUUUUUUUUCCCAAAUUUUCCGGUUAGGGUUAGGCAUGCAACAGGACCUCCGCCCCCCCCGAGCAGGACUUUGCACCUUCGGUGCUCACGUUUGUAUUUUCAGGAAAGUCCGCUUUCAUUUCGAGCAAAUCAAGCUUUUGGCGAUCAAACGAUGUUUGGCCGUUAGCCGCACCGUCAAUUUGAACGAUUGUCUCGUUGGUCUCGGGAUGCAAAUUAAAAGCAUUUUAAAACCA